AUGGGUGGAGAAGCUCCGCUGCGAGCUCCCAGCUCGUAUCCCAAGCUGGCGUCGCGUCCUGUCGGCCAGCACAUCAAGAACAUCUACAUCGACAGAUUGCGGCAGUUCACUGCUACGGGCCAGUAUGAGAAGGAGAAUCUGGUUGCAAAAUACUUUGAAGCCGUUGUCUCUGACCCGGACCAUGUCAAACUUUCCGUUUACUCCGUCCCAGACUUGCAGCGUCCGACGUUCGAGGAAGCAGUCUCCCACGAGUUCGAACCUACCCAAGUUGGCGCCUCUUUUGGGCCCAGCUGGUCGACGCAUUGGUUCCGAAUCCGUCUCACGAUUCCACAGGAGCUCCGUCAGAAGGAACGCCUGGAGUUCCACUGGGAUGCCGGUAACGAGGGGCUGAUCUGGACCGAAAAGGGCCAUCCGGUGCAGGGCCUGACUGGCAACGGGGAGCGCAUCGAGUGGAUCAUCCCGGACGCCUGGCGCGACGGCAAGGAACAUGUCUUCUACAUUGAGAUGGCUUGUAACGGCAUGUUUGGCAAUGCGCCCGGCGGGGACUCGAUCCAACCCCCGGAUCCCAACAAAUACUUUACUCUGAGAAAAGCGCAGAUCACCGCGGUGAAUCUCGAGGCGCGGGCACUCUACUAUGACUUCUGGAUCAUCGGAGAUGCGGCCAGAGAGUUCCCGGCCGACUCGUGGGAACAACACGAAGCCAUGAUGGUGGCCAACGAGAUUAUGGAUACUUUCAUUGCGGGCAAUGGAAGCCAAGAGUCCAUUAAGAAGGCUAGAAAGGUUGCGCAGAAGUAUCUAGGCGACAAGGUCGAUUCGCACAAGGUCUACGAGACGGGCACGGAGCCCAUCGUCUACGCCAUUGGCCACUGCCAUAUCGACACUUGCUGGCUGUGGCCGUGGGCAGAAACGAAGCGCAAGGUCGCCCGCUCCUGGUCGAACCAAUGCGAUCUGAUGGAGCGGUAUCCGGAGCACCGUUUUGCCUGCUCUCAGGCCCAGCAGUUCAAGUGGCUUAAGCAGUACUAUCCCUCGGUAUUUGACCGGGUCAAGGGAUGGGUCAAAAAGGGACACUUCCAGCCCAUUGGCGGCAGUUGGGUCGAGCACGACACGAACAUGCCCAGUGGCGAAUCGCUCGUGAGGCAGUUCUUGUACGGCCAACGCUUUUUUGAGAGUCACUUUGGCGAGCGUUGUACUACCUUCUGGCUCCCCGACACCUUUGGUUACUCGGCCCAGCUGCCGCAGCUUUGCCGGCUGGCAGGUAUGAGCCGAUUCUUUACUCAAAAGCUCAGUUGGAACAACAUCAAUAACUUCCCGCAUACCACCUUCAACUGGGUUGCUCUCGAUGGCAGUCAAGUGAUCUGCCACAUGGCACCUGCUGAGACCUAUACCGCCGAAGCCCACUUUGGCGACGUCAAGCGAAGCGUGACUCAGCACAAGUCCAUGGAUCAGGACAACACAUCCCUUCUGGUCUUUGGCAAGGGAGACGGAGGUGGUGGUCCCACCUUCGAGCAUUUGGAAAAGCUACGCCGAUGCCGUGGACUUAGCGACAAGACUGGCCUACUUCCCCGGGUCAAAAUGGGCGACUCCGUGGACGAUUUCUUUGCCCGACUGGAGAGGAAGGCCGCAGAAGGCACCGAAUUUGUGACUUGGUAUGGCGAGCUCUACUUCGAGCUGCACCGUGGUACAUACACCACCCAGGCGAACAACAAACGGAACAACAGGAAAGGCGAGUUCUUGCUCCGCGAGAUCGAGUUGUUGGCGACGUUGGCGACCGUCAGUAACGCCAAAGGCGGCUACAAGUAUCCGAAGGAGAAGAUUGACGACAUGUGGGAGGCUAUUCUCCUCUGCCAGUUCCAUGACUGCUUACCUGGAAGUUCGAUCGAGAUGUGCUAUGAUGACUCCAACGAACUCUACGCGCAGGUCUUUGAGACGGGACAGAAGGUCAGAGAAGAGGCUCUCAAGGCGCUUGGUUUCGAUGGCAAGGAUGCCAGCAAGGGGCUUGUGGCGAUCAACACACUUCCAUGGCCUCGCUCCGAAAUUGUCAGGAUCCCCGAUGCCUUUUCGGCGUCAGGCAAGCCCAGCUACGCCCUUGUCAGCGGUGACACCGGCGUGGUGAGUGUCAAGCCUCUAGACUCGACUCAAUCUCCGUCGGUCUCGGUAAAGGAACUCAAGCCUGGCGUGUUCCGCCUCUCCAACAGCAAACUGAGGGUGGAUGUCCGAGAUGGAGUCAUCACAUCCUUGUUCGACCUGGAAGCCCAGCGUGAGGUCAUUGCCCGGGGCGGGAAAGCUGGCCAGUUGGUGCUGUUUGAUGACAAGCCUCUGUACUGGCAAGCCUGGGAUGUGGAAGUCUACCACCUCGAUUCCAGGAAAGAACUCACCUCUGGCAAGACGUUGAUCUCCGAGAAUUCGCCUCACCGUGUCAGUGUCGUCACAGAGACCCAGAUCAGCGAUAAGAGCUGGGUCAAGACGACGAUCAGUCUAUCUGCCAGUGUGAGCGACGAGCCGUCGUAUGUGGAGUUUGAGAGCGAAGUCGAAUGGCGCGAGACUAUGAAAUUCCUCAAGGUGGAGUUCCCUGUCGAUAUUGUGAACACGGAAGCGUCGUAUGAGACUCAGUACGGUAUUAUCAGACGCCCGACCCACUACAACACUAGCUGGGAUAUGGCCAAGUUCGAAGUCUGCUGUCACAAGUGGGCUGAUCUGUCCGAGUACGGCUACGGAGUGUCGAUCCUGAACGACUCCAAAUACGGCUUUGCGACCUGCGGAAACCUGAUGCGACUGUCUCUGCUGCGAGCCCCCAAGGCGCCAGACACCCAUGCGGACAUGGGCCGUCAUCGCAUCCGCUACGCGAUUCUGCCACACGCAGGGCCUCUAGACCACCGGACUGUCCGGGCAGGCUACAACUUCAACAACCCACUGAUCCUGCAGCCGGCACCGGCAUCUGUCAGUGGAAACCUCAACGCAUUCAAAGCCAUCCGCCUCACCGGCUCCAAGUCUCUGGUCCUAGACACUGUCAAACGCGGCGAAGACGACGAGGACGUCUCCCGCGGCGAGUUCCCCGCGCGCAAGGGCCAGAGCGUCAUUCUGCGCAUCUACGACUCGCUCGGCGGCAAGAGUCGCGGCACCAUCCACACGACGCUGCCUGUUCAGCGGGUGUGGAAGUGCAAUCUCCUUGAGGACGAUGAGGCCGAGUUGCCGGCGUACAAGAAAGAGGGGGAGACCGGCGAGCUGAGUGUGGAUGUUGAGUUGAGGGCGUUUGAGGUCGCGACGUAUAGGCUGCAAUUGUAG